UUCCGGAAGUGGCUCAGGACGGACCCCCACGUGUGGCUGCAAGAUGAAGUUCGCUUACCGGUUCUCGAAUUUGUUGGGUACAGUUUAUCGGUGUGGAAACUUAAAUUUCACCUGCGAUGGGAAUUCUGUUAUCAGCCCUGUGGGAAAUAGAGUCACUGUGUUUGACCUUAAGAACAACAGAUCAGAUACGUUGCCUCUGGCUACUAAGUACAACAUCAAGUGUGUGGGGCUGUCUCCAGAUGGUCGCCUUGCAAUCAUCGUUGAUGAAGGGGGCGAGGCUCUGUUAGUCAGCUUGACCUGCAGGUCUGUGCUGCACCACUUCCACUUCAAGGGUUCCGUGCACAGUGUCUCCUUCUCCCCCGAUGGCAGAAAAUUUGUUGUUACCAAGGGCAACAUUGCUCAGAUGUACCAUGCCCCCGGAAAGAAGCGAGAAUUCAAUGCAUUUGUUUUGGACAAAACCUAUUUUGGACCCUACGAUGAGACCACAUGCAUUGACUGGACAGAUGACUCCAAAUGCUUUGUGGUUGGAAGCAAAGACAUGUCCACAUGGGUGUUUGGAGCUGAGCGCUGGGACAACCUCAUCUACUAUGCCCUGGGUGGACACAAGGAUGCCAUCGUGGCCUGCUUCUUUGAGUCCAACAGUCUGGAUCUGUACUCACUCAGCCAAGAUGGAGCCCUGUGUGUGUGGCAGUGUGACACACUCCCUGAGGGCCUAAAGCUGAAAGCCCCUAGGGGCUGGAAGGCAGACCUACUUCAGAAGAAGAAGGACGAAGAGGAGGAGGAGGAGGAUGAAGAGGAAGGGGAGCGAGAAACCACCAUCCGAGGGAAGGCCAUGCCAGCUGAACAGGAGAAAGUUGGGAAAGUGAAGUACUCACGGCUGGCCAAGUACUUCUUGAAUAAAGAAGGAGACUUUAACAACCUUACAGCUGCUGCUUAUCAUAAGAAGAUUCAUCUUUUGGUCACGGGUUUUGCUUCUGGAAUAUUCCAUCUGCAUGAGCUCCCAGAGUUCAACCUCAUCCACUCCCUAAGUAUCUCCGAUCAGAGGGUUGCUUCAGUUGCCAUCAACAGCUCUGGGGACUGGAUCGCCUUUGGCUGCUCAGGCCUGGGCCAGCUGCUGGUGUGGGAGUGGCAGAGUGAAUCCUAUGUGCUCAAGCAACAGGGCCACUUCAACAGCAUGGUGUCGCUGGCCUACUCCCCUGAUGGGCAGUAUAUCGUCACUGGUGGGGACGAUGGCAAGGUCAAGGUAUGGAAUACCCUCAGUGGCUUCUGCUUUGUGACUUUUACGGAACAUUCCAGCGGGGUCACCGGUGUAACAUUCACCACCACUGGCCAUGUCAUUGUCACCUCUUCCUUGGAUGGAACUGUGAGGGCCUUUGACCUUCACAGGUACCGGAAUUUCCGCACCUUCACGUCUCCACGCCCCACGCAGUUCUCUUGUGUGGCUGUUGACUCAAGUGGGGAAAUCGUGUCUGCAGGGGCUCAGGACUCCUUCGAGAUCUUUGUGUGGUCCAUGCAGACAGGCAGACUUCUUGAUGUUCUGUCUGGCCACGAGGGGCCCAUCAGUGGUCUUUGCUUUAACCCAAUGAAGUCCAUCCUGGCCAGUGCCUCUUGGGACAAGACAGUGCGCCUAUGGGACAUGUUUGACAGCUGGAGAACCAAAGAGACCUUGGCUUUGACCUCUGAUGCCCUGUCAGUGGCUUUUCGGCCUGAUGGUGCAGAGCUAGCUGUGGCCACACUGAACUCACAGAUCGUCUUCUGGGACCCUGAGAACGCUGUACAGGUGGGCUCCAUCGAGGGCAGGCAUGAUCUCAAGACAGGCAGGAAGGAGCUGGACAAGAUCACAGCCAAACAUUCAGCCAAGGGCAAGGCUUUCACUACCCUGUGUUACUCUGCGGAUGGGCAGAACAUUCUGGCAGGAGGCAUGUCCAAGUUUGUGUGCCUUUAUCACGUCCGGGAGCAGAUCCUGGUGAAGAGAUUUGAGCUUUCCUGCAACCUGUCUCUGGAUGCCAUGGAGGAAUUUCUGAACCGAAGAAAGAUGACAGAGUUUGGCAAUUUGGCACUCAUUGAUCAAGAUGCUGGGGAGGAGAAUGGCGUCGCAAUUCCCUUGCCGGGUGUAAGGAAAGGUGAUAUGAGUUCCAGACAUUUCAAACCUGAAAUCAGGGUAACUUCUCUGCGCUUCUCUCCCACUGGGCGCUGCUGGGCGGCCACCAGCACAGAAGGGCUCCUCAUCUUCUCUCUGGAUGCCCAGAUGCUCUUUGACCCCUUUGAGCUGGACACGAGUGUGACACCUGGGCGGAUCCGUGAGGCACUACGACAGAGGGAGUUUACCCGUGCCAUCCUCAUGGCCUUCCGGCUCAAUGAGAGGAAACUGGCACAGGAGGCCCUGGAGGCUGUGCCACAGGACGAAAUUGAUGUUGUCAGCGCUUCCCUUCCUGAGCUGUAUGUAGAGAAAGUGCUUGAGUUCUUAGCUGCCUCUUUUGAGGAGUCUAGGCACCUUGAAUUUUACCUUAUAUGGACCCAGAAGUUACUUAUGUCACACGGACAGCGGCUGAAGUCCAGGGCGGGGCACUUGCUGCCUGUGGUCCAGUUCCUUCAGAAGGGCCUCCAGCGGCAUCUGGAUGACGUUUCCAAGCUCUGUAACUGGAACCGUUACAACAUCCAGUACGCUCUGGCAGUUUCCAAGCAGCGGGGCGUAAAGCGCACUCUGGAGCCUUUAGACACAGAAGAGGACACAGACGCGUCUGAUGAUGACAGUCUACACCUACUCGGGAUGGCUGCGGAUGAUGAGGAAGAAGAGGGGAUGCUGGUGUAGAAGUCCCACCUCACGGCCUCACUGACUGACUGACUAGAGAUGCUGGUGUAGGAGCCCCACCUCACGGCCUCACUGACUGACUGACUAGAGAUGCUGGUGUAGGAGCCCCACCUCAUGGCCUGACUGACUGGAGAUGCUGGUAUAGAAGCCCCAUCUCACGGCCUGACUGACUGGAGAUGCUGGUGUAGAAGCCCCACCUCACGGCCUCACUGACUGGAGAUGCUGGUGUAGAAGCCCCACCUCACGGCCUCACUGACUAGAGUCAGUGUAGACUCCCCAGUGUAGAAGCCCCACCUCACUGCCUAAUUGGAGAUGGAACCACUGUGCCCCUGAGCCCAGAAAGUGAGCGAUGCCAGAGGCCUCAGAACCCUGCGGCCAGACUCUUGCUGUGAGACUGCACACGCUGCCAUGAGGCAGCAAGCCAACCUUUCAGGUCCAGGACUGGGAUGCAUACCAUGGGCACGUGUGUGCUGUAGGCCCAGAAUGCUGGCGUUGUGGUGAUCCUGCAUAUAGACUUCUGAGAAGUGUGGACUUGCAAGCUUCUGUCGGUUAUUUAUAUUUUUAAUGCGGACUUCUGAGAAUGAACCCUUUUUCCCAACUUAGGGUUGGAAAGCUUUUUUAAAAAUGUGAGGACUUCAUUUCUCAACUUUGAGUUCCUGAUGUUUAUAGUGUGUCCUGGGUGAGACAUUGUCUUCAACUAAGCGGGAAAGACCAGAGUGGCUGUCUGCUCAGGCCUGUGGCCCUGGUCAUCUAUAGGCAUACAGAGUGAGCCAGAAAGUGUGCUGAGCUGACGCAGGAGGGUGGAUGUGACAGCUCAAGGCUGGCCAGGGAAGCCUGCCCAGACCAGGCCAGUGUGCACAGGUUACACGGGAGAGGGACAGUCCCUUCAUGCCAGACCAGUGCCAGUGUGCACAGGUUACACGGGAGAGGGACAGUCCCUUCAUGCCAGACCAGUGCCAGUGUGCACAGGUUACACGGGAGAGGGACAGUCCCUUCAUGCCAGACCAGUGCCAGUGUGCACAGGUUACACGGGAGAGGGACAGUCUCUUCAUGCCAGACCAGUGCCAGUGUGCACAGGUUACACGGGAGAGGAACAGUCCCUUCAUGCCAGAGGGGCGCUCUACUGAUACUUCAGUGGUUGACCAACUCUAGCGUGUCAGCUCACCAGUGAAGUCACCCACAGGUCUCAACUCUCAUGCCGGAAACUGCCCACUGGCCUCUGUCCAGGCCACAGGAAUGGAUCUAUGUGACACCUAGUGUCACAGUUGGGGUGCGCCAUUGUCCUGGUCACCUGAAAUACACUCAGGCUUGACCACGGUAUGGAGAGAAACCAGAGCUCAGCCUGGUAUCUCCGGGUUUCCUGUUCCUACACUGUUUCUGUGUAUAGCUCAGAAUGGGGGGUGGGGGCUCACAUCUUGCCUGCACAGGGGCAGGAUCCUGGCUGCCCAAAUGGGGCCUCACUUGUUUUAGUGCCUUCCUGAGAUUUCUGUUUGCAGCAGUGGAUAUAGUUUUUUUGAAGCCCUACCAUUUUUGUGUGUGUGGUGCUGACCUUGGAACAGGGCUUGGGGAGUGACAGGCAGGUACUACCGAGCCACACUUCAGCCAUCACCCAUCUCGAACUUGAAGUUUGAUUACUAUACCAGAAGCAGGGCUCAGUCACCCUUUGGAGUUCCUUUCAGGCCUGCUUCUUGGUAACCAUGCCCAUUCCACCCCUGUGGACGAGGUCAGAUGCAAAUUGCUGCCACUCCAUUGAGUAUCUGUACCCUGGCUUCCAAUAAA